AGGAAGUAAGUAGCCAGUCCAUAAAAUAAGGUAAAACUAAGGCACUUUACCCUUACAAUUUCAUUUUACAGUUCGAAAUUUAAGUCUCUCUGCGCCAUUACACGAGACCCCUAGAAUUUGACACACUAAGUCUGAAUUUGAAAAAAAAAUACAGAAGAAACCUGGUCCAUGAAGGUGAGGAAAAUAAAAAGCACAAAAACAAAGCGAACGAGUUAAUUAAUUCAUAAAACCAGAGGUUAUAAUUGCAGAUGAAGGAGGUGUGAAGAAGAGAGAAGCAAUGGCGGAUGCGAAGGAGAUAUUAGGGCUUCCAAAGGGGGUAGUUCAUAGUGUUGACAAGCGUCCUAAACCCGUAAAGGAAACUCCUAAAAAGCCCGAUGGCGUCUCUCGAGAGGUGUACGCGCUCACUGGCGGUUUGCCUCUUGUCAUGCCCGCUUUGGACAUCUCUAAUUUGAAAAAACGCCCUCCCUUAGAUUCUGACAAGAUCUCUUGGCAGUGGCUUCCUUUUACAUCAUCUGCUCGUAUAGAUAAUUUGGAGCUUUACCAUUGGGUUAAAGUUGUAAAUGGAGUUCGUCCAACAGGAGACUAUGCAUUUGCAAAGUAUAACAAAACUGUUGAUGUUGUGCAGUACACAGAUGAAGAAUAUGCAAAGUACUUAACUGAUCCUAAUUGGACUCGGCAUGAGACAGACCAGCUCUUUGAUUUGUGCCGACAAUUUGACCUUCGAUUUAUUAUAAUUGCUGAUCGAUUUACUCCAUCACGAAGUGUGGAGGAGCUCAAGAACCGGUACUAUUCAGCUGCUAGAGCAAUACUUUUGGCCAAAGCUCCAUCUCCUGAGGAGGUUUCUGACCACCCUCUUGUUAAGGAUCAUUAUAACAUAAUACAUGAAGUUGAACGUAAACGGGCGCUAGCAACCAUGCUCUCUCAGUCACGGCAGCAAGAGCGUGAGGAUGCUGAGCUCUUAGCUGAGGCAAAACGCAUUACUGAAUCACGACAGAAUGCAAAGAAUGUAGAAGAAACAGAAUUGCCUACAACUGCACCAGCUGCUGCUCCUACAAAUGUGGAAGUUGAAAAAAGUCCAGCUCCAGCUGGUUCGACAUCUCCAUCACCCAUUCCUCAGCCACAAGUUCCUGUUUCUGUGCCUCAAACACCGAGUACAGCUGGAAUCUCCUCCGUACCAUCUAGUCCUAAGCUUCGUGCCGUUUUGAGAACAACCAUUCUGGGACAAUUGAUGCAAGCAUCAACCUCGUCGUCUGGUGCAAGAAUGGGCAAGCGCAUUGAUCAGACACUUCAAGAUCUUGGGGUUAAUGUGAAACCAAAGGUCCCAACCAAACUAGUUUGUACGGAACACUUGGAGCUGCGAAAGGAUAUUCUUGCAUUCCUCAGCCUUCAAAAACAGGUGCAAUGGAAAGAGUCAGAACUUUCAAUGUUACGAGAAAAUCCUUAUGCGGAUUUCCCUCCUACUCCUAGUACACCCAAGCGUUCUCAUCGUGGAGAUCAUGAACGAGCUUCCAUGCGGGCACUUGGUGGAUCAGAUAUUGAUAGUUUCACAGGUGAAAGGAUUGGCAAGCGAGAUCAUAAACGCAAGGCUCCUGCAAGGUUCUUGGAUGUCCCACCAUCACCACCUCAGGGUAAAAGGGCUCGCAAGUUGAAGGCUCCUGAUAGCUGAUUUGAAGUUACUCUGAAGUUCUUAGCUCUGUGCAUAUCCAUUAUUUGAGGACUGAUGUUAAUAACCAGGUGCCACUUGUGACUGACAGAUGCUGGUAAGUGCAAUUUUUCACCCAUGACAGAGGAGAAAACUGUACAAUUGAAUCAUGACUAGUCUGAUAUCUGUUGGAUCUCUGUGGUCAAUGCUAGAGCUGUUAUGGAAUGAAAUAUGACCAAAAAAUUCCAGAUAACAUUAAACGUUAUAAACACUACUCAUGUUAACACUACAAGAUAUGAUUCUUAGCACUAAAAAUUGUUUGCACCUUAUGGAUUUACUCCUGUAUUAUACCUGAAGAAUUAACAAUUUUUUUUGCCCUAUUUGUUGUAUUUACCAUUGUUUUUCUGAGAUUCGACCAAUGUCUUUCCUGUUGACUCUACGUUUUCCUAUGUAUGAUAAGACUAUUGCUUUGUGCUUUGA